GCACGAAAAAAAUAUUGAAAGAAACUGAAAGGACGAUGUUUUUUUCUAUAUUUGUAAAAAAGAAAACAACUCUUGAAGCUAUAUUUCAACGUAGAAUCUUAGGAGGCAGAGAUAAAUCAAAAGAAAAAUUAAUUGCAAAAUACUGAAAGAUGUCACGCUGAAUCACGCUAUCGCAUAUUUCGUGACUGAGGAUUCGCGGUGGACUAUGAACUAGUAGGUAACCGCUGAAUCAUCGCAAGCUCAAACGGGACGAGUACCUAGCCAGCACUUGGGAAAACUACUGCUCUAAAAAACCUCAAAAAAUGGCUCGGAAAUUCUCAAAAGACGAGAUCAGAGACAAAAUAGAUGGCAACGAACUAGACCUAAGUAUGUGCCAACUUACUAAGGUUCCAGUUAGAGAAUUGGUGGCCCUGCCUAAAGCCACAGUUUUAGAUUUAUCCCGUAAUAGACUCACUACUUUACCGGAUUCAUUUUGCACCCUAAGGCACCUUGUUGAGCUAGACUUAAGUAACAAUGGAUUAACAGAAUUACCAAUCGACUUUGGGGCUCUUGGAAACCUCAGAAAAAUUGACCUGUCAGAAAAUGAGUUGAAAAGUCUGCCGACAAGCUUUUGUAAUCUAAAAGAGCUACAAUGGUUGGAUCUCAAAGGAAACCCAAUUCAGACCCUUCUGCCAGAUGUAGUUGGAGAUUGCUUAGAGCCUAAGAACUGUAAACAGUGUGCAAGGAAUAUGCUACGACAUUUGAAGAUGAAAGAAUCAGUUGAAGAAAGAGAACGACAGCUUCAGCUACAAAAAGAAAGAGAGCUGAAAGAGAAUAAGGCUUUGGAAGAGAAGAAGGAAAAGGAGUUACGCCGAAGGCUCAAACAGCAAGAGAGGCAGCAAAAAAGAGAAGCUUAUGAGGCAAUGGAGAGACAAAAACGAGUAAUGGCCGAAGAGAUGAACAGAGAUCUUAAAGCUCAAGAAGAAUUCAUGGAGACAAGACCACCACAAGAACCAGCCCAAAUAGUUGAGGAUGAUGGUGGAAUCCUUGGAAUUCUCUUGAUUCUUAUAGUGGUAACAGUAAUAAUUGCCAUUGGGCUUGUUGUCUUUUGCAAUCAUGACACAGCAUGCAGGGAACUUCUUUCUGCCUUUUCCUCUUGACAACAACUCCAAAAUAAGGCAAAUAAAUAAAAUAUUACAAUUUUUAUUGAAGCUUUCAAAGGAAUGUAGAUACAUUAUUCCUUGUCAAAUGAUGUAUUCCUAAAUGUUCUUGAUAAAAUCAAGGAGAUAUACUUUGGCAUUUUUGAAUAACAGACCAGAGAAAAACGUUUGCUCAUGGUACAAGUAAGUGUAGGAAAUUUAGCUGUAGAUAGACAUUUCUUCUAUUGUAGAAACCUGCAGAUGUUACUCUCAACGUUCUAACGUUCUUCAAUAUGGUAUUGAUGUAUUGCUAAAACAUUUUGUCCUUUCAUGAAAAUGAGUCGCUUGACCAAUGAUCUUUGGAAACAAAUGCAUCUGCAAACGUUUUUCUGUUGUGUCCAUAUAAUGAAUUUAGUUUAGAAAUUUUAGAUUGACGAAUUAUAAUAUUUAUUGACCUCAUUUCUAGAGGUUUUCUAUGAUAUUGUUCAAGCUAUUGUACUUCCAUGUAGACAGUGACGUUUCAAACCUGUCUUUUGACUGUUGUAUUUUAUCCCAUUUUCAUUAUGACUGUUGUCACACGAACAAAUAGACGCUUUUGGGAUAUUUCAGCAUUUGAGAAAAAAACAAGACCAUACCAAAGUUUCUUAAUGUAGACAGUGCCGUUUCAAACCUGUCUUUUGACUGUUAUAUUUUAAGCUGUUGUCACACAAAAAAUAGACGCUUUUGGGAUAUUUUUAAUUGAAAAACUAAGAUCAUGAAUGACAAACAAUUGGAAUUACUUUAUAACUGUUCUGGGCUGACUAGCCUCGUGUUAAUUAGUGGGAAAACAAAAGCUUUUACACAGUCAUGUAAGAGAGGCUAGUCAGCCCUAUUUAAAAAAUAAUAAUUAUUCAAAUUGGUUGCCAUAUUUCAGUCGUAUGUUAACACUGGGGUUUGACUGGAAUUUCAGUCUGUGUCGUAUACUCUUGGUAUUGAUAUCCAUACGAGUGUAAUUUCUACGUCCUAUCAGGUUUUAUUACUAACUUGUAUACUUGAUUUCAUAAAAAAGAAAUAAAUUAUGCAGCAAAGAUU